AUGAACAACACCAAUGAGACCUGCCUGCCCAUCACCCAGCACAUGUCCAUCCCUGUGCUCAUGUGCCUGGUUUACUUCAUCGGUUUCCUCCUUAACUUCUUCAGCCUGUGGAUCUUCUGCUGCCAUCUGCCGUCAUGGAGUGUUGGGACCGUCCUGCAGUUCAACCUGGCUCUAAGCGACGCUCUGGCCACUCCUGUCACUCCACUCAUAGCUGUGUAUUUCCUUAUGGGCAACAACUGGAUUUUCGGAGAAUUUCUCUGCCAAGUCAAAAUCUGUCUGAUGAGUUCCCAUUUUUACGGCAGCACAAUUUUUCUCACUUUGAUCAGCGUUCACAGAUACACAGCAGUGGUGCAUUUCAAAAAGAGCUCUAGAAUGAAAAACAAAAGCUUUAUUAAAAAGCUCUGCGCCGGAGUGUGGCUGUUUCUUUUAGCACAAUCUCUGGUUUAUUGUUUUGUUGUUCCCCCAACUAAAGUCGACGAUCGUGUGCAGUGUCUCAGCUUCAGUCAAACGACCCUGUCAAACUCCCUCUUUGUAAUUAACUUUGUUCUGCUUUUGCUUGGUUUCCUGCUUCCUCUCAGUAUCUCUGCCAUUUGUUAUUUCCAGCUCACAAAUACACUCACGAGCUUGAACACCAGCUCUCCCAAAGGUCUCCAAGUGAAACAUAAAUCCCAGCGCAUGAUCCGAAUGUGCCUGAUCAUUUUUGCUAUUUGCUUCCUGCCCAUGAACGUAACCCGGACGAUGGCAGCGGUACUCACAAAGUACUUCCCUCGACAUUGUGACAUGGUCCAUCAUGUCCAGACUGCGUACUAUGCUUCUUGGAUUGUAGCUGGGCUGAAGUGUUGCCUGGAUCCACUGCUGUACUGUUUUGGAUCACAGAACUUUAGAGAUGCAUUUCCAUCUUUGAAGAAAAGUCAACCAGAAUGGGAGGUAUUCUGGGUAUGUCCCACUAGCAGCAGACCCCAGGGAAAAUCCUGGACACACAGGAGGGACUAUGUCUCUGAGCUGGCCUGGGAAACUUGGGCCCCUUUGGACGAGCUGGAGGAAGUGUCCAGGGUGCUAGGCAACAUACCGUAA